GGCGAAGCGAGGGGGGCUCGGAGGCGCUUUCAGUGCGGGAAGCCGCUUGCGCGCUGUGCGCUCUGAGCCUUGGAGAGGUGGGGGCGCUGCGCCCUAGCGCACGGGCCCCUUCCCAGCUCAGGCAGCAGGGCCCCGGGGUGGUAUCCGGUGCCGCCGCCGCUGCUGGCGGGAGGGAGACGCCGCUCAGUCCCCGGCGCCGUCUCAGCGCCCUGGAGCCGAGCCGGUGGGUGGGGAGCCUGGCUAUGGUGCCCGGCUCCCGGCUGCAGCGCCCGGGGAGAGCCUAGCGGCGGCGCCCCGGGAGGCGAAGGAGAGCCCGCAGCGCGGGGCGGCGAUGCGGCUGGGAGCUGCGCGCCGGUGACCGUGGUGGGGCGGGGGGUGGGAAGCUUGUGGCCGGCCCUGGCGCUGCUCCGCCCGCCGCAGUGGUUCCCUGCAGGGGCUUGGACCAUCUGGCUGCCGGAAUCCCUGAGCCUCAGCCGCCGCCUCGCAAUGUUUCGCUGGAGCAUUAAUCGCUUUUGCGCUGGCGAAGAGAAACGAGUUGGGACACGCACCGUGUUUGUUGGCCACCGCCCUGUUUCAGAAACCGAUGCUUACGUCGAGCAGAAAUUCUGUGAUAAUAGAAUUGUCUCAUCCAAGUACACUGUCUGGAAUUUUCUUCCGAAGAAUCUUUUUGAACAGUUCAGAAGAAUUGCCAACUUUUAUUUCCUUAUCAUUUUCCUUGUGCAGGUCAUAGUAGAUACACCAACCAGUCCAGUAACCAGUGGACUUCCACUUUUCUUUGUGAUUAUUGUUACAGCUAUCAAACAGGGCUAUGAGGACUGGCUGAGACACAGAGCUGACAAGGAAGUAAAUAAAAGCAGCGUCUUCAUUGUUGAAAAUGCAAAGCAAGUGAAAAAACACAGCGAAAAAAUCAAGGUUGGCGACAUUGUAGAAGUGAAAGCAGACGAAACCUUCCCCUGUGAUCUGAUCUUCUUGGCAUCGAGUAAUGACGAUGGGAUCUGUUACGUCACGACGGCAAGUCUGGAUGGCGAGUCGAAUUUCAAGACUCAUUAUGCAGUGCGGGAUACGACUGAGCUCCGGACAGAUGAUGACAUCGACACCCUUACUGCCGCAAUCGAGUGUGAGCAGCCUCAACCUGACCUCUACAAAUUUGUUGGAAGAAUUAACAUCUACAGAAGUAACCAGGAGCCUGUAGCCCGGUCUUUGGGUCCUGAAAACCUGCUGCUGAAGGGUUCUACUUUAAAAAAUACAAAGAAGAUUUAUGGAGUUGCGGUUUAUACUGGAAUGGAAACAAAAAUGGCUUUGAACUACCAAGGAAAAUCACAAAAACGUUCAGCUGUAGAAAAAUCAAUCAACGCCUUCUUGAUAGUGUAUUUAUGCAUCUUAGUGAGUAAAGCUACGGUGUGCACCACUCUGAAAUACAUCUGGCAGAGUAAUCCAUUUAAUGAUGAGCCAUGGUAUAACCAAAAGACAAUAAAAGAAAGAGAUACGUUCAAGAUCUUAAGAAUGUUCACAGACUUCUUGUCGUUUAUGGUUCUGUUCAAUUUCAUUAUCCCGGUCUCCAUGUACGUUACUGUAGAAAUGCAAAAAUUCUUGGGCUCCUUCUUUAUUGCUUGGGAUAAGGAGAUGUAUGAUGAAGAAAUCAAGGAAGGAGCACUGGUGAAUACCUCGGACCUCAACGAAGAACUCGGUCAGGUUGAGUAUGUGUUCACAGACAAAACUGGAACCCUGACUGAAAACAGCAUGAAGUUCAUUGAGUGCUGCAUAGAUGGACACAAGUACAAAGAGGGCAUUUCAGAGGUGGAUGGGUUCUCUCACACGGACGGACCUUUGAAAUAUUAUGGGAAAGCAGAAAAGUGUCGAGAAGAGCUGUUCCUCCGUGCUUUGUGUCUGUGCCAUACAGUUCAAAUCAAAGAAGGAGACAACGUUGAUGGAUUGAUAGUAAACCAGGAGCGCAGUACCUAUAUCGCCUCUUCACCAGAUGAAAUAGCUUUGGUAAAAGGCGCCAAAAAGUAUGGUUUCACUUUUCUAGGACAUGAAGCUGGUUGCAUGAAAGUACAAAACCAAAAGAAUGAAAUCGAAAAGUAUCAGCUUCUUCAUGUACUAAACUUUGAUCCUGUCCGCCGCCGGAUGAGUGUUAUUGUGAAAACCAGUACAGGCAAGUUCCUCCUAUUCUGUAAAGGAGCAGACUCUUCUGUUUUUCCAAGGGUGCAACAAGAUGAAAUACAACAAACUAAAGUGCAUGUAGAACGUAACGCAAUGGAUGGAUAUCGAACUCUUUGUGUGGCCUUCAAAGAACUAACUCAAGAGGACUAUAAAAAAAUUGAUGAACAGCUCAAUGAAGCGAAAAUGGCUCUACAGGACAGAGAAGAAAAGAUGGCCAGGAUUUUUGAUGCCAUAGAGACCGACAUGCAUUUGAUAGGGGCUACUGCUGUGGAAGACAGACUGCAGGAACACGCUGCGGAAACCAUCGAGGCCCUGCAAACAGCAGGCAUGAAGGUCUGGGUGCUUACUGGGGACAAGAUGGAAACUGCAAAAUCCACCUGCUAUGCCUCCAGGCUCUUCCAGACAAACACUGAAUUACUGGAGCUGACCACAAAAACGAUGGGAGACAGCGACAGGAAAGAGGAUCGAUUACACGAGCUGUUGCUAGAGUAUCAUAAAAAGCUGCUGCAGGAUUUCCCCAAAAAUAGCGGAAAACUUAAAAGGAGCUGGACAGUGAGCCAAGAAUAUGGACUGAUUAUAGACGGCUCGACCCUGUCGUUGAUAUUCAAUCCUUCCCAGGAUUCCAGUUCCAGUAACUACAAAAGCAUUUUCCUACAGAUUUGCCUGAAGUGUACUGCGGUUCUAUGUUGUCGGAUGGCUCCUUUGCAGAAAGCCCAGAUCGUUAGAAUGGUGAAAAACACCAAGGGCAAUCCAAUAACACUAUCAAUAGGUGACGGUGCCAACGAUGUUAGCAUGAUCUUGGAAGCACAUGUCGGAAUAGGUAUAAAAGGCAAAGAAGGUCGUCAGGCAGCAAGAAACAGUGACUAUGCUGUUCCAAGGUUUAAGCAUUUAAGAAAAUUGCUACUAGCACAUGGGCAUUUAUAUUACGUGAGAAUAGCACACCUUGUACAGUAUUUCUUCUAUAAGAACCUUUGCUUCAUUUUACCACAAUUUUUAUACCAGUUCUUCUGUGGAUUCUCGCAACAGCCUCUGUAUGAUGCUGCUUACCUUACAAUGUACAACAUCUGCUUCACGUCACUACCUAUCCUGGCCUACAGUCUACUGGAGCAGCAUAUUAACAUUGAAACUCUGACCUCAGAUCCAAGAUUGUAUAUGAAAAUUUCGGAUAAUGCCAUGUUACAGUGGAAGCCUUUCUUAUACUGGACCUUUCUGGGCGCCUUUGAAGGACUUGUGUUUUUCUAUGGAGUUUACUUUCUUUUUCAAAAUUCAACAUUAGAAGAUAAUGGAAAGGUUUUUGGGAACUGGACCUUUGGAACUAUUGUUUUUACUGUAUUAGUGUUCACCGUCACUCUGAAGCUAGCGUUAGAUACUCGAUUCUGGACCUGGAUGAACCACUUUGUGAUUUGGGGCUCCUUAGCCUUUUAUGUCUUUUUCUCAUUCUUUUGGGGAGGAAUCAUAUGGCCUUUCUUGAAGCAGCAACGAAUGUAUUUUGUAUUUGCUCAUAUGGUGACGUCCGUAUCAACCUGGCUGGCCAUAGUUCUCCUUAUCUUUAUCAGCCUUUUCCCGGAGAUUCUUCUAGUAGUUUUUAAAAAUGCGAAAAGGAAAAACCAUCAGGAACAUCCACUGUCUUCAUGCUCUCUCAAACUUCCAGCAAUCACAGCUUUUCUUGGAAUGAAUAAGACUGUACCCUUUAAUUUGCCUAUGCUAUUGUCCUACAAACCUAUGGAGAAUGGUUACACCUCUGAAAUGAAGAUCGAAGAUGCUGUUACUAACUUGACACAAAGAUGCCAUCUCAGGAUACCUCAAAUGCAACAACUUUAAAUACUGCACCUUGUCGUGCUGCAGGACAAGACGUGUGUUUGAACUCUCAGUUCUCUUUAAGAUGACCCAUGUAUUGUAAGCAGCCUUGCUGACUAAGCAGCUGUGGAGACACUGGCCCUCAUUUUUUCAAAGUCUGAAAAUGGAAAAGUCUGGGACAUAAAAAGCCCGUGGAAUUGGGAGUGGAGAAAAGAACAUCUAGAAUUCCAUAAAAAUGGAACAAUAGAAACUUUAGAGACACAUGGAUGCUCCUUAUGCCCACUGACUAGAAGGAGACUCCUCCAUUACAGAUUCAUCCAACAGCAAUGAAUGGCCGCUAAAGUCUUAUUCUUUUGCCUGACCAAAGAAGUAGCACAGCCUUUCUGCUUAAUCGCGGUCUUGUCCAAUUCCCAUGGAAGACAUUGGAAAGGCUCCCAUCACGGAAGUAGGGUUGGACCCUAAAUUAAAACCACGGUCUGUCAUCUGGCACGGCUCCCGUUGCGGCUAACGAGAGUUGUGCACCAGCAGCUGAAGCCAGGAUGUGAUCGUUAGAAAAGUUCAGCUUUCAAAUCCACGCAGCAGAAAUACUUGAAAAUAGUGAAGAACUGAGCUGUUGAUGGCGUGAAAUGUCCAGUGGCAUCCCCUCUCCAUUGCAAACAGCAGGGUUAGCCUGUUAACUGGUCUCUGUUUGUUAAAAUGCAGAAGUGUGUCAGCCUGAACAUUUCUGAGGAGCCGAUCAAAAUAUUGGAAGAGUUUUCAUGGGGCCAGACUUCUUUUCCACAUUACCAAAUUUGAUCCUGGAACAGGAGGAAGACAUAAUGACUAACCCUUUCCCCUUAUGUAUUGAAAAUACACAGAAUUCUUUUAUUACUCAUGAAAAUCUCCUUAGUCAGGAAAGAAUCUUAAAUAAAAGUUGUGUUGUGCCAGG